AUGUUUGUAUGGUUUCUUUUUUUCUCCAUUCUGGCCCUCGGACACUGUGACGACAGUCCCAACCGCCUUAUUUCAAAUGGAAGAGAGACAGACGACCUAGCAAAUGAUUUCCAAAGUCUGAUCCAAAAUAUCACUUUGCUCAUUAAAAACGCAAAGAAGCCUUACAGAGGUUCCUUCCAGAUGAUCCCUCGAUCAGAAUGGGGAGCAGCGCCCUCUAGCUGCAGCGUCCAGCUGAGGACUCCCAUCCCAUACCUCAUCAUCCAUCAUAUCCCUGGGCAUGAGUGUCAUGAGAAGGGCACCUGCCGGCAGGUGGUGAAGGGCCUACAAGAGCUUCACAUCAAAACAAAUGGCUGGUGUGAUGUGGCUUACAAUUUCCUGAUUGGUGAUGAUGGCAAUGUGUAUGAAGGCGUGGGCUGGGCCCUCCAAGGCACUCACACGGUGGGCUACAACGACAAGUCCCUGGGGCUUGCUUUUGUGGGGAGCAUAGCAGGAAGUUCCCCCAGUACUGCUGCCUUGUCUGCGGCAGAGGAUUUGACCUCCUUUGCUGUCUCUAGAGGUUACCUCUCAUUCAAGUACAUCCAACCACUGUUUGUUCAGAGUGAGUCCUGUCUGGCCUCCAAUAGGAGUGCCGUGUCCAAGAAAGAAUGCCCUGACAUCAUCCCUCGCUCCUCCUGGGGAGCCCGAGAAACUUACUGUGCUAAGCUGCUUGAGCCAGCCAAGUAUGUCAUCAUUAUCCACACCGCGGGCCACGGUUGCAAUGUGACCGAAGAGUGCAAGACAGCCGUUCAAAACAUCCAGUCCUAUCACAUCGACAAGAUGAAAUUCUGCGACAUAGGUUACAAUUUCCUGGUAGGUGAGGACGGGAGAGUGUAUGAAGGAGUGGGCUGGGACACCGAGGGCGCUCACACUUACGGCUACAAUGACAUUGGUCUGGGAAUCGCUUUCAUUGGCUUGUUCAGUGGAACUUCUCCCAAUGCUGCAGCCCUAAAGGUGGCCCAAGACUUGAUCCAGUGUUCAGUGGACAAAGGCUAUUUGAUUCCUGACUAUCUUCUGGUGGGACACAGUGAUGUCGUCAACACGCUCUCCCCAGGGCAGGCCCUGUAUGAUAAAAUCAAGACCUGGCCUCACUUCAAACACUGA